AUGCCAGAGUUCAGCUUGAAGUCUGAUCCUCUAGUUUCACAUGGUCGACAUUUUGGACGUACAGUUUUUGCCCUCUGCAAUUAUCCCUCCCUGUUAACUAAUGGCAUACUAUGUUUGGAACAACUGGAAGAUGCAACACUGGAAGACUUUUUCAUCAGAGAGCGCAGAGAGCAUAGAGUCUUUGAAAAGCUCUUGGACUCUUACCCUGGGCUGUUGGAGCGACUAAGGGAAGGCUCGGAGGAAGAAAUCCUUCAUGUUGGAGAACUAAUCGGUAAAGGGGCAUCUGCUGCUAGAGGCGAGGACACAAAGUCGUUGAAACCUGUGGUAAUAGAUUGGAUAGUACCUGCAGGUGAAGUCAUCCUGCCUCCCUUGCCAAGAAAUUCGAAGAUCAAUCGUGGCUUCAACCACCCUCUCACGCAUUUGCAAAGUGGUGUAAUCUCUGUCAGUGGUGACCAAUGGCCUCUUUUCUUAUAUGCCAAUGAGGCCUAUGAUCCAGAGGAUCCCUGGAAUGGUCUUCUGAGGACAUGCCUACUCAUAAAUGCAUUUAGGCAUAUAUUUACUUCACCAAGUUCAGUGGACAGAGAGCCCAAGGCUACAAGAGCUGGAAAUGCUCGCCUUCAUGGCAUGACUGCUGUUACCGGUGCUUCUAUAGCAUAUGUCACAACUCAGGUUAGAUUUGCGCUGUGUUCAUCCUCAGUAUUCUCUCGCACGGACACAGCAACUGAUUCAGAGACCUUUUAUCACUCUCUUCUUGACCUUUUAGAAGAUCCGGAUGAGCAAGGGGAAGUGACAGAUCUACUGGUCUGGUGGAAUUAUCAGAUAUUUCCAACUUCCUCAGCUGCCAAAGGGACCCCAAAAACUAACAGUGCACUGUCUAAGAUCCGUCAAAAGUGUGCCACCGCCCUCACAGCUGCUAGUAUUUCAUAA